ACAUUUCUUUGGCGGCAGAUGCGGGAAAAAUAAACAAACCGCUCAUGAAAAAUGUUAACUGAUUCCUCGGUUGAAGAUUCAAUUUAAACAUUUACUUAAUCACUUUCUUCAUAUGUUCAAACUAUUGAUGGUAACAGUGCUAAAAACCAGCAUUAGGCUAGCAAAAUUCAUAAUCUCUCAAAGUAUUAAUAUUUUACUGCUAAAAAGUUCUAUUUGCGGAUAGUUUUCAUCGUAAAUGUUAUGAAGAGACCACGCCAGAACAAAAGCAACCAUAGAAAAGAAUUGAAACUACAGCUAUAUUAUUUUAUCGUCAAUAAAAAAGACAUGUGUUAGUGCUUUUUCAAUUAUUUUUGAAAUAAGAGCUUUGAGACUAAACGCAUUUCUUCGCAUUUUUACAAUACCAAAUUGCAUGCUGAAGAAUCUGACUUUUAUACUGUUUUGGCUGAUUAUUUAAAAGCUAUAUUGUUUUUAAGCGUUAGUCCUUCAAAUAACGGAGGGUUCCAAACCCAAAUGCCUCCGCUAAACCCGAAAGAAUAUUUACCCACCAAAUAACAACAAACUAACAGUCAGCUUUGCUUAUCAUUGGUGUUCCUCUUUAUAUUUAACGAUUGAUCUGCAGUCAAAUAUUGUCCACAAAGAUUCCAAAAUAACAUUCUUCUAAUUCUUUCUGAUUCUCAAUCUUACAAGAAAGUAUUGCAAAAAUUGUUCAAGAAGUUACUUGGUUUCUAAAUGAGAAUAUUUUAACUAUCUGUUCACGAAACUAUGAAGCUCGACACGGUUUCUUCACACGCCUCGGGUCGGAAAUACGCGGUGAAUAUGGGCGAAGCAGGGGCAAUAUUUCGAAAGAACUACAUCCAAACUAUUUCUUACUGGGCGGCGUUUUUGAUAUUCGGGAUGUGCGUUGCUGUUUUGGGUCCGACGUUGUUAGAUUUGGGUUGCAUUACUAAAUCAACAAUUACAGAAAUGAGUUGGGUCAUUUUUGCCCAAACUGGUUGCACACUUUUGGGGUCGGUGUCGGCUGGAUACUUUUGCAACAAACUUAACCCUAAUGUGAUCCUUCUGUGGUCUACUAUCAUCAUCAGCAUCACCAUGGCCAUAGUUCCCCUGUGUCACACAAGGAAACAACUGCUGGCUGACUUCGUGGUCAUGGGCCUAUUCAUGGGCCAGAUAGACACUGUGGCCAAUGUCAGACUCAUCCAGAUCUAUGGCAAUUGUGUUGCUCCUUUUCUACAGGCUCUCCAUUUCGCGUACGGUUUGGGUGCAUUUCUCAGUCCCGUGAUAGCCGAGCCCUUUCUGAACAACGAGGACUGCACUGGUAUCAUCCACGAUCUGGAGAAUAAAAACGCUACCAGGCACGAGAGCAAGGAGCUGGAAGAUGCCGCACAAGCCAGCAGGGUGGGCAGCGCCUACAGCCUUUAUUCUAUUGUCCAGAUUCCGGCAAGCUUGUUGUUGAUUGCAGUCAUUAUAUUGGACAGUGAUUGCUACGAAAAAGCCAAAAAAUCUGCCAGAAACAAGAAAACGAAGUACGAGGAUCUAGAUGAGACAAAUUCCACGAGGUGCACUGACUCUCAGAGUACUGAUGUCGUCUCUUCCAAUUUCGACAGUGAAAAUGUGCCUGGUAGAAAGCCGAGUGGUAGUCAACAUGGCCCCGAGUGCAUUAACAACAUCCCCCCGUGGAUAUACUACUCCGUCAUCGCCAUGAUCGGACUUGUGCUUUUCUUCGCCGAUGCUGCACAGGCGGCAUACGGCGGUUACAUCUACUCGUACUCUGCGCGAAACGAGAAGAUCACGAUGUCUACCACGACAGGAGCCUAUCUGACAGCUUCAUUCUGGGGCUCCUUUGCUUUGGGUCGUCUCUUAUCAAUUCCCCUCUCAACCCUCAUCUCAAGUCCAGUCAUGCUCUUCAUCAACCUGUGUGGGAGUGGUAUGGCGAUGGUGCUGUUCUUCAUGUUCCGAGAGAGUGUGCCCAUCAUCUUUGUGUCCACAUCCCUCUUCGGACUCUUCCUCUCCUCCAUCUACCCCUCAGGCAUUUCAAUGGCAGAGGAGUACUGUUCUAUAUCAAGUUUCAUGACGAGUGUAUUGGUCAUGCUGGCAGCUGCAGGAGAGAUGUGCACUCCUCUAUUAGUUGGAUGGCUGUUUGACGUGAUUGGACCAGUGGCGCUGAUCUUCUAUGAGUUAGCGGCAAGCAUUCUGGGCCUUAUUUUGCUGCUACUGGCUGUAGUAGUCGCAUUCCAGUUCAUUUCCAAACACGAUGCUAGUAAACAUUCGCCUUCAGUGUAUUCUAUGUGCCCAUGUUGGCAGAGCAUGUGUUUGUUUCCCAAAAAUGAUGGACUCACAGAACCCAUCAACCCUAGAAGACCGCCUGAACUUGUAACACAGCAAAUUGGCUCAACGAACAAGGAAGUCAUCACUAGUACUGCACCUUCUGCCGAAACAGGAGACGGCGUGAAGUCUUAUUCAUCAAUUAACAAAUAAACAGAAAGAUAAAUUUACAUGAGAUAGGGAAAACUUAUUUUUCGACUGAGAAUUUGUAUAUAUUUUUGCUGACUGAGGUGGUCGGGGCUUCUAACUUUCAGGAAGUCGAUUGCGAAAAAAUUCUAUCCCAAUUAUUUCUGAUCCAUGGCUGGUUAACAAAGUGCUCCCAGAUCAUUUAGUUUUUUAAAUUCUAGUAGUUAAUUGUAGGAAUUUGUUGGAGACCUUACAAGUUGAUAUUACUGUUGUAAAGAAUUCAUGUUUUCAACUCAAUUAUACAAGUGAUAGUUCGUGCAAUAAAGUUGAAGGUGUACAAAAUAAUGUUUGCAUGGAAUUGACUAUUAAUGAAUUAUGGACUUCUUUAACUAUCCCCACCCUAUUGCAACAAGGUGGAAACUAGUUACUCGGAUUCUUAUUUGGGCGUUUUUAUUGUUUGAAUUAGUCGUUAAAAUAGUUGACGUUCUUAACUAAGCAUCAUAGAGGGAGAGGAAAUAGUUUAUAGAGAUCCGAAUUGACGACUUUUUGAUCCUAAAGAGAGUUGUCAGUUAUGUCCUGGGUUAAUUCAAUUG